AUGGCUUAUAUGGACGUAGAUUGUAGAUUCAAGUUUCUCAACAAGGCAUUACUAACUACGAACAUAUCCUCGGACCACAACCCCACCCAAGACACUGAGGAAGCCCGACCACUCUCCAAACUCCUCGCCUUGUGGGCCACGUCCCUCCCUUUCGCCCUCGUCAUGGCCCAACCCUCCACCCUCUACACCAAACAAGCCAUCACCAUGGAUCGGGCCCUCGGCCCGAACCUCGACCUACCCGCGGCCUCCCUCCAAUACACCGUCGGCCUCACCAUCAUACUCUCCAUCCCGAUCUACGACCGAGUCAUCGUCCCCCUCGCCCGUCUAAUUACCAAAACGCCCUCCGGCCUCACGCCCCUCCAAAGAAUCGGCACCGGCAUGUUCCUAUGCACCGUGUCCGCGGCCACGGCCGCCCUCGUCGAGCACAGGCGGCUCGAAAUUGCUUCGCUUCACGGAUUGUCCGAUCUCCCGAGCGCGCGGGUCCCGAUGAGCUUCUGGUGGCUCCUACCUCAAUACGUGGUGUAUGGUGUGGCGGACGUGUUUGCUUUGGUGGGGCUUCAAGAGGUGUUUUACGAUGAGGCGCCGUGCGGGUUGAAAGCCGUGGGCUUGUCGGUUUAUUUGAGCAUAAUCGGGAUCGGGAGCUUCUUGAGCAGUUUCUUGAUUUGCGUGAUUCAGAGGGCGACGAGCAAAGAGGGGCGGGUCGGGUGGUUCGCGGAUAACACGAACCGGGCGCAUUUGGACUAUUUCUAUUGGUUGCUUUGUGGGUUGAAUGCCGUGGGUUUUCUGGGUUUUGUGUGUUGUGCUAAGUCAUUCACAAGGAACGGUCAUCGUGUGGUGGGUACUUAG